AUGGCGAAUAGUGGCAGUGGACACAAGGUCGCCUCCGUAAUCCUGCGACUUCUGGAGCUCGCCUGCGGUGCGAUCGUACUGGGUCUCCUUGGCCGGUUCUGCUACCUUAUCAAUGAGACUAGUAAUGUCAGUGUCGAUGGACGAAUUAUCUACGCUAUGGUCGUAGCAGGGAUGACUAUCGUCUAUUCGAUAGUAGUCUUCGCACCAAUUGAUGUUCUUUUUAUGGCUUUUCCAUUCGACUUCAUCCUCUUUAUUAUGUGGUUGAUCGCGUUUUGCUUGCUCGAAACGAGAACGAGGGGCAAUUUCUGCCGUGCAGGGUGGUACUAUAAUUAUUGGGGCUAUUAUUGGGGACGCUUCUGGAGGGUUGGGCCGGUGGGCACGGUCAAUAUCAAUGGAACCGGAUGUUCGCAGUGGCGGACCGUUGUCGCCUUUUCGAUCAUCGCCUGGGUGCUUCAUUUCAUCAGUGGUUUUCUAGGCAUAUACGUCUGUACCGAAUAUAUCCAGUACGACGAGAGAGUGAACUCGGCCAAACAGCAGAUGAGAAAAUUGUCGCACAGCAGUCAUCCUGCCAAUGGCCAGAACAGGGAAUCUACUGCAACGAGAGCCGCCGAGGACGGAGUCAGUCCCACACAGCCUCGUUCGGAGGUUUAA